UACUCUUUUAAUCAGCUGUUAAAAUAUUGCCUAGAUCAACUUUUAUAAUUCAUAACUUUCCGGCACAAUUUUUAGUAUUUAUUUAAUUACUUAUUUGUAAAUAAAAAUGAGAAAGGAUCCGACGCUAAAACGUGGCUUGAUGAGUUUUUUUCAAACCCCAACUGGACGCAAUGUGGUGGUGUUUGCCACCGGCGCUACUACUUUGGGGCUUUUCGUAGUUAAUUAUUUGCCGCAUACAUUCGGUUUGAAGUACUACAAGGAUUUCGUGCAAUGCUAUCUAAAUGGUAUUCCACGUCCGGUACCUGAGAAGGUGAAAGAACGGUUAGACAGAGCAUUGGACACACUACAGUUACCAGAGUUUGAACGUAAAAUUAUCAAACCUUUUACCGUUUUCGGGUUCGAUCUCUUCGAAGCAGGUUCAACCAAGUAUAGGUUUGGUGCUGCAUUAGGAGUUCCCGUGAACUAUGCUUUUUCUGAAAAGCAGGAAAUAAAUCGACAGGAUAUACGUUUUCGUGAUCAAAGUAUUCAAUGGAACUCAGAUGCUGGAAAAUUACUGCAAGACGCAUUAGUUUUGACUGAAGAUGAGCAAUUGUUUGGCUUUUGUAAAUCUAUUUUGCAAUUGCAAACGCACCGAGUUUUGUUGAAUUCACUGUUUCCAAGUAUUUCCUUUUUGUCUGUGUAUACAAUUGGUCAUUACUUAAAUAUGCGAAUGAACCUGCUUGCGGGACCUUUCAGCUUACGUCUUGUUAUGUACUCAAUAUUGGGCUUGUUUGGUAUUGGCUCUUGGUCUUUUAUGAAAGACUUUAAUCAAGUAAAUUAUGACACAGAAAUCGACAAGCAGCUAUGCAGUUUGGGUCCUCAAUUCGUCGAAGCCGGAUCGGGUUACUAUGAUAAACUUCUAAAGAAAAAUAUGGCACUGCGCGAAUUAAUUGGUGACGAUACUUAUACCGCAAAAGGAAAUGUGAAUUACUUCAUUCGGCAAAAGUCACUCCCUCUGACAUUUCAUAAAGCCUAUUUUGAACAAAAACUGAAAGAACUUCAACAAAGUUCAAAAGGACCAGCGGAAGUUACGAAUUAAUAUAGUUUUUGCAAAUAAGUGCACAAUGUGUUUGUUAAUAUGAAAAACUUAUAGUUAUGAAUAUUGUUUUUGACUUUAAAGAAAAUUUACACAAUAGCUUGAA